GCCAAGGCAGAAAAAAUAUUUAUUGUUUAAAAAUUAAUUGAGUUAUGUAGAUUAUCUGUGGGAAGAGCCAAAGACCAGCAUGUGCAAAGGUCCUGAGACAGGAGCACUUUGCUUUGUAUUCAGAGAACAGGACAAAGGCCAGCAUGGCUGGAGGAGUUAGUGGGGAGGGAUAGGAAGUCAGAAUGGUAACCAGAGGAUUUGUUCACCUCUUCAUCCCUAGUACUAAGAAAUGUGUCCAGAACAUAAUAGGUAUUCAGGAAAAGUAUGUUGAAUGUUUACAUGUUACAUUUUAAUGCCAAAGCAUGGGGGUGGUAGGGAAAUCCUGAAUAGACAAAUUAAGUUUUCUCCUUUCCCAGCAAAGUGGAGGGCUUGCAAGAGAAAUUAAAUAGGGUUGUUAACUUGUCACAAAACAAGUGGGGAUGAUGACCUUACAUACCCAUGGGGUGUACUCCAGUUCAUUCUGCUGCCCAGGGCUGCAGCAUGAGUGUCAUGGGUGACCUCACAAUGUCCAGGGUGGUGCCCAGCCCACUGCCACAGUCCCAGUCCACCAUGCUGUCCAUCCUGUGGCUGCUGCUCAGCUUUGUGGUCUCUCUCCUGGGGUUCUAUGUUUCCAUCAGCUGUCCCCAUGGCAAACAAUGCCAGAGGGCCCUGCUUUCCAACAAUGAUAUUUUUCUGCACUGCAACUCCCCUGGGGCACAGUGGUACUACUUCCUUCAAGACGGGACCAACUGGUCCAGCCCCAUCCGCAGUGUUUCGAACAUAGAAACAAUGCCAGAAGGCAGCAUUCUCCUUAGAAGUCCAUUGCCAUCCCAGACGGGCAUGUACACCUGUAUUGACAAGAAAGGCAUCCAAGUGGUACAGUACGAGAUUGACUUUCAGGACGUUGGCACCUUGCACAUUACGCACAGAGGUCUGGGCCAAGCACCCUUGCAGAAUGAGACACUGAGUCUUGGCCAAAAGGAGCUCAUCUUCACCCAAUGGGAGCCCUGGCAGGACUGUAACCGCUGUGGGGAGCCAGGUGAACGCAAACGUCUGGGGUACUGCUACAUCCAGGAGCCCCUGGAGAAACCCACCCCCUGCCAGCUCUACCUGGGAAGUGCUAUUCUGUGGUCCAACCGCAUGCGGCCUGAGAUGCAGAUAGAAGCCUGCCAUGUCCAAUGUAAAACAUCAGAUGUGAAGAAUGUUUUUUUUGACAACUUCGAGCUCAGUGAAGAGUCAGGAUCUGCAUGGCUCACCUGCCCCUUUGGGUCCAUCUACAGGCCUGUCAUCUGGGAAUCCAACAGCACACCCCUGACCUGGCAGGGCCAGCUCUCCGGCCAGGAUGUGAGCACUGUCCUGGACCCUUCCAGUGGCGGCAGGCGACUGCAGGUCUUUCAGCCAGCCAUUUACAGGUGCUUUGUGCAGCAGGAGUUCAUGGCUCGAUUCAACCCCAAGCCCAAUUUGGAUACACUGGAGGUUCUGCUGAGAGAGGAAGCUAGACAACAGCAGGAGGCAAGGGAGACCUGGAAAGAGAAGGACUCCAUCCUCCAGAAGCUGAAACUGAUGUUGCUGGUGGGCACUGUCCUGGGCCUGUCUGGGGUGCUGCUGAAGCUCUUUUGCUCUUCACAGAGUAAAAGAAGCAAUCAGGUGCUACUGGUGAAAUAAAGUGAACCCACAGUGCUCAGGAGACCUGGCCUCCUAUAUCUUCAUUGCCUCAACUGUUGUUUCCAUAGCCUAUUCCCUGUACCUGCCCCACACCACACUCUGAAUGCAUGUGGGCCACAUAACCAUGGCCACAGCUAAGGGUACUGAGCUCGUCCCUCUUCCAGGUCCUUCUCUGUUAAGUCAUUAGCAUUCUCCAUUCCACAGAUGAGAAAACUGAGGCAAG